ACAUUUAGUUGAAAGGAGUCGGUAGUUAUCGUUUCAGUUUCAUAGUCCAGACGAUAAAUUUGCAAAAUGGCUGGUGGUAAAGCUGGUAAAGAUAGUGGAAAAGCCAAAGCUAAGGCGGUUUCUCGUUCAGCGCGUGCUGGAUUACAAUUCCCUGUAGGAAGAAUUCACAGACAUCUAAAAAAUAGGACUACAAGUCAUGGACGUGUUGGAGCUACAGCUGCUGUCUACUCUGCAGCUAUUUUAGAAUACCUUACAGCUGAAGUUCUUGAGUUAGCAGGAAAUGCCAGUAAGGAUUUGAAAGUGAAAAGAAUAACUCCCCGUCACUUACAGUUGGCAAUCAGAGGAGAUGAAGAAUUGGAUAGCUUGAUUAAAGCUACCAUUGCUGGUGGUGGAGUCAUUCCUCACAUCCACAAAUCACUUAUUGGAAAGAAGGGGGCACAUUCUCAGCCUGCUUAAUCUUAUUAAAUACACAUAUAUAAUAGUAAUGUUAAGACUUGAAAUGUGUCAAUGAUGUGUUUUAAUAUUAUUGGGCACGUGUUCCCCCCAUGUGCAAGGCCAUGCAGAAGAAUUCCAAAUUUUCAAUGUUUGACUACUGCUUAAAUAAGCAGUUUAGUAAUUUUUUUGUGUAACUAAAGAAUUUCCGUUGUGCCUUGUAAUUCAAAUUUAAUUUACUUAGUUCUUUUCUCUGUAUUUUAGUAAUUAGAGUUCAUCAUACAUUUUAAGAAAAAAAUGUAUUUUGUGUUCAUUUAAUAAAAGUUUUCUUAC